AUGGGGUCGCGUCCGAUCGACACCCCAGAAGAACAUCCCCUGCAUGAUGAACCCCGAGACGAACGCCCUGCCACGACAUCGGAGCGCUCCUGGCGGCUGUUCAACGAUCCGGGUUUGUCGCCACCCAAUGCCCCCGUCGGCCCGUCGCCUGUGUCGCCCGAAGCCUUCCAUGACCUCGCUCAUCAAGUCCGAGCACUGGCGGGCGUGCUCGCCAGAGACUUCGAGCUCAACUUCCUAGCCUACGCCCGACCAAAGCCGUCCGUGGCGUUGCUCCUCGGACUCAAACAAAGGGAGGACGAGCCCCUCUCCAAUUUUGUGAACCGUUUUACGACGCAGAUCCGAGGGCUCUCAGAUGCUCACCCCUCUCUGUUGAUGCAGGCAUUCAUGAUAGGCCUGCGGCCUUCCAGGUUCUUUUGGUCUCUGGUGGAGCGACCCCCCACGAUGGUACCCGAGAUGCUCCAGCGAGCGAGCCAGUUCAUCGUCGCAGAGGCAUGGAUGGCCGGGAGGUGCGAAGAGCACAAGAGGGUCAAGUCGGAGUUGCCCCGGCAGCAGCAAUCCGCUGCGUCUCGGCGUAGGUUGGAUAGAUCCGACCCGCUGGCACCGAGGCCCCCUCUCCCCACCUUGAACUCAUCCCGAACAGAAAUAUUUCUCCACAUAAGGGAGAAGGGACUGCUCAAAGAGCCCUACCCGAUGAGGAGUCCGCGGGCGCUGGCGGACCAAUCGAAGUACUGCCGCUUCCGCCGGCAGCACGAGCAUGACACUGAACAGUGCCGGGAGUUAAAAAUGCAGAUCGAGGAGCUCAUUCGUAGGGGACAUCUCGGCCAGUACCUUCGGCCGGACAAGGAACCUUCACCGCGCCCAGAGGGUCCCAUCGAAUGUCACAUUGAUGUGAUAGCUGGCGGCCCCGCAUCAGGCGGGGAUUCCAUGACCAGAAGAAAGGUGUACGCCCGAGCCGCCCCGGCUGAAGCUCCCAGGAAAAGGCCCGAGCCCGAGGUUACUUUCCCGGCCGGAGCAUCCGACCAAUCCGAGCACGACGAUGCGCUCGUGAUAUCGGCAACGAUCGCCAAUGCGCAAGUAAGAAUGAUCAUGGUCGAUACCGGGAGCUCGGCCGACAUACUCUACUUCGACGCCUUCCAAAAGCUCGGCUUGUCCGGAGACAACAUGAAGCCAAUAUUCUCGGCACUCAUCGGAUUCACCGGCAAUUCGAUCUCACCACUGGGGGCAAUCACUUUACCCUUGACCCUGGGGGCCCCACCAAGGUCGAAGACAGUAAUGACCACCUUCUUAGUGAUCGACCUCCUCGCUGCAUACAACGCCAUUCUCGGCCGACCGACCCUCAACAAAGUUAGAGCCGUCGUCUCAACUUACUACCAGACCGUGAAGUUCCCGACCCAUGUCGGGACCGGAGAAGUCAUGGGAAGCCCCCGAGAAUCCAAGCGCUGCUACCUGACCGUCGUUUCACUACACAAGAGAGCAAGGGUCGAGCCACCAUUGGCGGACCCCUGGAGGCGAAGAAGCCAGCCCCCCAUCCUGAGCCGAGGGGAUCCACCAUCGACUUGCCGCUGCUAG